AUGUCUGGAGCAGGAGAAAGGGAAGCGGUCUUCCCGACUCGCCAGUCCCUUGGCUUAAUGAAGGCCAAGCUCAAGGGGGCUGAGCAAGGCCACAGCUUGCUCAAGCGGAAGAGUGAAGCUCUCACCAAGCGAUUCCGAGAGAUCACGAGGCGAAUCGAUGAGGCCAAGAGGAAGAUGGGUCGAGUGAUGCAGAUCGCUUCCUUCUCUUUGGCCGAGGUCACAUACGCUGUUGGCGGAGAUAUCGGCUAUCAGGUCCAAGAGUCUGUCAAGUCGGCACGUUUCAGGGUGCGGGCGAAGCAAGAGAACGUCUCUGGUGUGCUGCUACCGGCGUUCGAGAGCUAUACUGAGGACGGCAUCAACGACUUUGCCAUGACCGGCCUCGGCAAAGGUGGUCAGCAAGUGCAGAGGUGUAGAGAGACAUAUGCCAGAGCCGUGGAGGCGCUGGUGGAGCUUGCCAGCCUUCAGACCGCCUUUGUGAUCCUCGACGAGGUCAUCAAGGUCGUCAACCGGAGAGUCAAUGCCAUCGAGCAUGUCAUCAUUCCUCGAACAGAGAACACCAUCAAAUACAUCAACUCCGAGCUCGACGAAUUGGACAGGGAGGAGUUCUACCGGUUGAAGAAGGUUGCAAACAAAAAGCAGCGAGACAAUGCUGCUUUGGACGCCGAGAUGGCUGCCAAGAGAGCAGCUCAGGAAGGGAAUGAAAAGGCUGACAGGAACGAGAACACUGGCCCAUCUGAUGUGCUUGGGGCCGAUGAGGAUGAGGACGUUAUUUUCUAA